UAUUUUUGUCAUGUCAUGUAUUUGCUUCAUGUACCUAUUGUGAUCAUUCUGUCGGCUUUUUUCGCACCCGUUUGACGUCCGUCGGCUUUGCAUACUGCUAUCCAAAGUCUGAUCCAGUGCUUUUGUUCGUGUAUUAAAGUUCAACAAACCACGUCUGGUCAUUCAAUCACGUGUAAUUGCAACAGCAAUGGGGUUCAAGCAUCUAAUCACGGUGAAAGCAAAUGAAGUUAUUCCGGUUCAUAAGUACCGCUCGGAGCGCACCGGAUUAACCGUGAUUGUCGGUGAGGUUGAAGGUCCGGUGGUAAAUGGGUACUUUACGCUUGCAACCGAAGCGCAUGAUGACGACGGCUUACCGCAUACGCUGGAACAUCUGAUUUUCCUUGGUUCCGAAAAGUAUCCGUACAAAGGCAUUCUCGAUUUGGUGGCCAACCGUUGUUUGGCAUCCGGCACCAAUGCAUGGACUGAUCGGGAUCACACGUGCUAUACAAUGACUACGGCUGGUAGUGAAGGCUUUCUUUCGCUGCUGCCUGUGUACUUGGAUCACAUACUUUACCCAACUCUAACCGAUUCUGGUUUCACUACCGAGGUUCAUCACAUUACCGGGCAAGGCGAGGACGGUGGUGUGGUGUACUGUGAAAUGCAGGGACGCGAAAAUACCGGCGAAUCGAGGAUAAAUCUGGAAAUGUUACGUGCGGUAUAUCCGGACAGCGGCUACAGCGCCGAAACGGGCGGAAUCUUAAGCAACCUUCGUACAAGCACCACGAACGAAAAGGUUCGUGCAUAUCAUGCUGCGUUUUAUCGUCCGGAUAAUUUGCACGUCAUUAUCACUGGGCAAAUCAAGCCGGACGAUAUCUUCAAAGCACUGGAACCGAUCGAGGAGAAAAUUGUGUCCAAGGGAGCGCUUCCACCUUUCGAGCGUCCGUGGCAAACACCGGUAGAACCACUGAAAGAGUCAACUAAUAUUAAAAUAGAGUACCCAGCCGACGAGGAAGAUUGUGGACUAUUUAACGUAGCAUGGAGAGGCCCGAAAGCUACCACGGAGUACGAUACGCUUACUGCCUGCGCGGUACUGCUGCGCUAUCUUACCGACACUUCCGCCAGUCCGGUCCAACGAGAGUUUGUCGAAAUUGAAGAUCCGUACGCAAGUCGUGUGGGCUACAAUAUAGUGGAGAAUUCGGUUUCAUUGCUGUAUAUAUCGUUUGAAAAUGUUCCACUGGGUAAGGAGGAUCACAUAUUUUCUAAGCUUUGCCAACUGCUGGCAAACAUUGCGGAUGGUAAGGAAAAGUUGGACAUGCAACGCAUGAGGAAUGUUAUCGAGCGUAACAGAUUGGAGGCUCUUAGUAGUUUAGAAUCGAAUCCGCAUGACGAUAUCGCUUUUCAUGUCAUCGGAGAUGUGCUGUACGGGUCCGAUGAAAAUGAGUUCGACAACCGACUGAAUGUUAAUCGGUGUUUGCAGUCGUUGAAAUCUAAGGAAGACAGCUUUUGGCUAACAUUACUAAAGGAUUACAUUAUAAAUAAUAAACAUGUCGUUGUGCGAGCAGUUCCCAGCAUCAAAGAAAAUGUACGUACGGCCACUGUUGAACAGGAACGGCUAGAAAAGCAGCGAGAAGCACUCGGGGACAGUGGCCUAAAAGAGAAGGAGAAAAUGCUAUCCUAUGCGAUGGCAUCCAACGAAAUAGCACCACCGGAUGAGAUGAUUACCUCCAUACCUGUUCCCUCUACCGAAGGUAUUAAAUUCUAUCCGGUCGAAGUUUAUUCGUCCAGUGCGGAUAAAAAUCCCCCGGGAUUGAAAAUGACCGAUUUGCCAGUUUAUGCCGAAGCGUACGAUUUGCAUACGAAUUUUUGCUACCUUAAAGUUACAAUGAACACGGAACCGUUAAGUGUGGAGUUGCGAUCGUACCUCGUUCUGCUGUUGGAAUUAUUGACCGAAUCGCCCAUCCGCAGGGGCGAUACAUUGAUACCGUACGAGGAGGUCGUGUCAACGCUCGAGUCCAACACGGUUGAAACAAUGACUGAUUUAGGGUUCAGUUCGUCGAGUCGCUUCAGCGUGGGUGCAUACUCGAGCACGGCUACACUUUACAUGCAAGUCGUACGGGAAAAGUAUACAACCGGCAUUGAGUUAAUUACGGAACUUUUGCACAAGACAGAAUUUACGGCAGAACGUAUCAAAGUGUGCGCUACGAAACUCAUUAAUGAAGUAGCCCAAGCAAAGCGGGAAGGAAAUUCCAUCGCUAAGGAUAUUCUGAAAGCCAUGUGUUAUCGCAAGGAGAGUAAUGUGCGCAUCAGUUCACUGCUGAAGCAAUCGAAGUUCCUUACCUCUUUGUUAGAGAUGCUGGAAAAACCAGAGUCAGCAAAUACAGUCAUUGAAAAUCUUAACAAGACCCGUGCGAUCAUCACGCAGCCAGAAAACAUAGCCAUUCACAUGGCUGCCGAUUGGAAUGUGAUGAAAGAUCUUGGGAUUGAUUUGAUCGCUCCCUGGAAACGACUAGUACAACCGAUCCAGACGCAGAACUUGACUCAAAGGUUUACCAACAUGCAAGAUUGGGAACAUAUGGAAAAGAAUAACGAUGCCCUCAAACCAUACACUGGUGUGAUCGUUGGGCUCGGUAGUGUCGAGAGCGCGUUCCUGUUUCGAACAUGUCAAGGAAUAACCGAUUUUAACGAUGCGGAUCUUGUACCGCUGUUGCUGUUUUUGCAAUAUAUGACACAACUCGAAGGACCACUGUGGAAACAAAUUCGGGGCCAAGGAUUCGCUUACGGGUACAAUAUAGUACCCCGGCCUAACGAAGGAAUGCUCUACUUUACACUGUAUCGUGCGUCAAAUGUAGUUGCUGCAUACCAGGAAGCAGUAUCGAUUAUGGAGAAACAAGUCACCGAAACAGCAGAAUGGGAUGCCACGUUGUUGGAAUCGGCGAGAAGUUCCUUGAUUUUCGAAAUCAUUGCACGGGAAAACAGCAUCGAAAAGGUGGUCAACACAUCGAUGCUGGCCAGCUUCAAGGGAGUGCCGGUAGGAUAUAACCAAUCAUUAGUGUGCCAAGUUGGCAAGGUGACGAAAGAUGAUUUACAGCGUGUGGGAAAUCGCUAUGUGAGAAAUUUGUUUUCUACUACCGACACGUGCACUGCCAUCGUUUGCCAUCCGGACAAAGCUUCCGAUAUUGCGAGCGCGUUCAAAAAUUUGGGUAUUCAGCUGAAAGUCGAAACAAAUCUGGAAGAGAGCGUUCUAGCUUAAACGUAUUCAACAAUCGAAGAUCUUUAGUCUUUAAGUAUCCUUAAACCAAGGUAAUGUCACAUUUUAAUCAAUGCCACAUGAUUUUUUAUUUCAUUUGUGUAGUUCUGUAGUUGUGUGUUCUUUCUUGAGUUUUGCUUGAAACGAACGAUCGGCAUUCUCUAUUCAAAUUUUUACUUCUCGUGUGCUGUUUGUGGAAUUUCUUUAAUUUCUACAACGAAUUAUCCCUGUUUGGUUCAAAGUUUCGGAUCUAGUUCUGAUAGCUCUGUCUGGAGGAAUAAAAGACGUACCUGGAAGGUCGGGCACAACAAUUAGGAAAAUAAAUGUGUUCGAUUUUUUUCUUUCAGGUAUUGAAAUUAGUGCACCGAUUAUUUACAUUAGCCGAUAAGCUAGUAUUCUGUAAUUAUUUUAUAUUCUCCUAUAUCAAUAAUUACUAAUCUGCAAACCAUCA